AUGAAAGAGACUGAAAAGGUGAAAGAUUAUAUUGAUAGAAUCAUGAAAAUUGUUAAUCAUGUCAGGCUGUUAGAAGAAACACUAGAAGAGAAGAGGAUUGUUGAGAAGGUGAUGGUGACGAUUUCAGAAAAGUUUGAAGCGAAAAUCUCCUCAAUUGAAGAUGCUUGGGAUAUGUCUCAGCUCACAUUGAAUGAACUUUCUAACGCUCUUCAAGCUAUGGAGCGAAGGAAAGCUUUUAGAGAGGAAGAGAAUUCAAGUGAAAUUGCUCUUAUAGUUGUUCAAAGGUCCAAAGCUCAAUCUGAUGGUGACUCAAAAAGGCAAUCAAAUGGAAGAAAUGGCAAGGAGAAGAAGGAUCAAUAUAACAACAGAGGGAGAUUUCAAAGAUCCAAGUCCCCACCUUGUCCCUAUUGUAAAAAGACCAAUCAUGCGGAGAAAUUUUGCUGGUACAGACCUGAAGUUCAAUGUAGGGUCUGCAAGCAAUUCGUUCAUGUGGAUAAGGUGUGCAAAACAAAUCAAAACCAGCAAACUCAAGCGCAACCAGCUCAAGCCCAGCCAGCUCAAGUUACUGAAAAUGCUAACUAUCAUGAAGAGAAGUUAUUUGCUACUUCUACUGUUGGAGAAUGCAAUAUAGCAGCUCAAGAUGAUGAUGUGUGUCCUGUGGAUAGUGGAUGCACACAUCAUAUGAUAUCUAACAUGAAGAUUUUUGAACAUUUGGACAAAAAAUAUUUUUCCAAAGUCAUACUUGGAGAUGGUAGACUUGUAGAUGCAAAGGACAAAGGAGCAGUUGUUGUUCAAACUCCCUUAGGUACAAAGCUUAUAAUUGAUGUAUUAUUUGUUCCUGAAAUUAGCCAAGGUCUUCUCAGUGUUGGCUAG